CUCAGCGCUCAACUCAGUUGUGUGAGAUCUUGCACAGUUUCUCACCAUUUCACUGGUUUUUUUCCCCCUCCCUUCGGUCCAGCCCGUGUGCCCGGUGGUCGCCUCGUCUGUUGGAGAGAGCUACUCCAACCACCUUGAUCCACCAAAAAAUUGCGUGGUCAUCAUUAUUUAUACUGCUUGUGAUUUCACUAUUAAUCUUUAUAUUUCACUUAUCAAAAAAUUAGCUCCAGAGUCAGAGUGUGUGUUUGAAUGAGACUAUGGCGCAGAUAGAGGAGCCUCAGACCGAAGGAGAGGGCAGCCCCCAGAUGAUCUCCUUAAGAUCUGACGCAUCAGGAAACCCCACAGACGAUGGAGAAGGAGGUCCCUCAAUAAGGAGGAAAAGGAGAAAGAAGAAAGAGCCACGUCCGGAGUCUAUAAUUGUCUACCGUUCCGAAAUGGAGAGGGAGCCUGGAGAGGACCAAGGCGGAGAAGAGGGAGCAGAGAGGAGCGCUGAAGAGGGUGCUAAGUUUCUCUGCACACCCACAAGUGAAGGAGGGAGCUGGAGCCUCCCCCCAGACAGCCGCUACGUCACUCUGACGGGCACCAUCACCCGGGGGAAGAAGAAGGGUCAGGUGGUGGACAUCCACGUCACUCUGACUGAGAGGGAGCUCAGGGAACUGGCCAAGUCCAAGGAGCGUCUGGACGCGGAGUGUGAGGCGGGAGAAGGCUCGAAGCGUAACUGCGGCUUCGGGGUGUGUCAGGGACCCCACGUGGUGCUGUGGAGCAUCUCGUGCGCCCCCGUGGUUUUCCUCCUCUCGUUCAUCACCUCCUUCUACUACGGCACGCUCACCUGGUACAACGUCUUCCUGGUGUACAACGAGGAGCGGACGUUCUGGCACAAGAUCACCAUCUGCCCCUUCCUCAUCAUCUUCUACCCCAUGCUCAUCAUGCCCAUGGCGCUGUCGCUGGCGCUGUACUCCGCCGUGGUGCAGGUGUCCUGGGCGUUCAGCGAGUGGUGGCAGGCGGUGCGGGAUCUGGAGAAGGGCUUCUGCGGCUGGGCCUGCGGGAAGCUGGGCCUGGAGGACUGUUCGCCGUACAGCAUCGUGGAACUGCUGGACUCGGACACGGUCUCUGGCACGCUGCAGAGCAAGGCGCCCAGCGAGUUUGCCCAGACGUCCUCGGUGUGACGGGGGGGGAAACGCUGACGUUCAGAACACACACCGCUGAUGGAUAAGAGUGGCUUUGAAGCAAUCGAGCCAUUGUUCAGGACGUACUCCAGAGAUUUCAAAUCCGUUUACAAGUACAGACAUUAAGGUCAGUUGCUAGUUUGGCCAAAAUAUUCUUAUUUCAAAGUUAACUUAAUGAGUAAACAUCUGUUUAAUGCUUCUGAGAUUUCUGCUGAAGACUGCAGAUAAAACAAAUCCCAAAAUCUUUUUGUAUGAUUUUAUUCUAGUUUUUUUGACAAAUUGUACAAAAACUGCCUCUCUGUAUCUUCCUGUAAAUGAAAACUUUUAAAAACUACCUGAAUUUAAUUUAACAAGUGAGUUGAGUAAACGUCUGUUUAUUAUGGAUCUGAGAUUUCUGCUGAAGACUGCAGAUGAAACAAAUCUUAAGAACCUUACAUAUGAUUUUUUUUUUUUUUUUUUUUUUUUUGUCAAAGUUCGUAAAAGCUGCCUCACUAUAUCUUCCUGUAAAUGACAACUUUUAAACACUACCUAACUGUCUGAUGGUGCUGAACUAUUGCCACCUACACAAUCAUCAUCAAGCUGUAAGCAUUGAAGCUGGAUCAUUUUGUUCUUAUUUAUUUUUGGGGGGUUAUUAUCCUUACACAGCCACUAGGCACUCUGCCUUCAAGACCUUUUGCACAGCCAGGCUGGUUGGACAUUUAUCCACACGUCAAAGUUUCACUCCACCUGUAUAUAGCUGAUUAUUUGUGAAGGCAACACCUGUCUUUUGUGUGAAGUUGUCAGAUUACUCCUGAAAAACAGGAUUUCAAACUGAGAAAAGUGGCAGUGGUCCCUGAGCUUUUUGCUUUAGUGUGUUUCUAUAGGAUUGUGUGCCACUGCCAUACUGUGACUAAAACAAUCUCUUCAGUUUACAGUCCUGUGUUUGUGUUUUCAAAGACAAAAGCUGGUAUUAUUUGAUGGUUUUCUUUUUCCUAUCAAAUCCCAGACUAAGGCUGAAAGCAGCAAUGUCUGUCCCAAAAAUCAAAUAUAAUAGAUAAACAUCACAAUCUGCUGAAGCCCCAAACCUACAAAAUGAGUUUCAAAAUAAACUAUUCAGGGUUAUUAGAGAUGUGCCCUUAUUCCUUGAAAAAGGAGGAUUUUGCACAAUUAAGCAAAUCUUUUUGUUACUAUGCACAGAGGAUAUUCUUAUGGAGUAUUUUCAGAACAAGUGUGUCGAUUUGACUGAGAAUAAACUAAAUUUACGGCUGAAAGCUCUUAGAAAUAUCUGGCUUUCACAGCACCGAUUACAUUUGCUAGUAUUUUUAUUGUUCUCAUGGGAUUUGUUAUCAACCUUUAUAACACAUCUUAUUUUAUUACUUGAACCUUGUAUUUAAAUUAUUCCAAACAGGGUUAAAUACAUGAAAUUCAGAGCAAAAUAUUUCUUUAAUAUGUGCACAUUUGUUUGUUUGUUGUCUUGAGCCUAAAUGUAAUGAGCCUUCCAUUUCUCGUGCUCCGCCUUGACACAUCUGAGUUCACAAAGUAUACACAACAUGCAGAAACUAUGAGGAAAUAAAGUGGAGCCUCAGUUCUGUUUUUAUCACCCGACGCCCAACAGGGUAGAUUAGUUCAUCGUUGAUAAAGCCACAGUAUUUAUAUACUUAAUUUUUUUUUGUGAAAAUCCCAUUGAAACUGCUGUUUCUGAUCUUUGACCACUUGUUUUGUCUCCACAGUUCAGGGUCUUCGUGAAAAAAAAAAGAAGCCCUUUGUUAUUUUCUAGUUGAUGAUUUCAGUUUUUUUCAAGCUGUCGUAUUUUGUUGGUGACACCAACCUUAUUUUAUAUAUUUAAGUUUUGGAAACUUUCUGAAGUUGCCGUAGCUAGAUGUUUUAUACUCCAGCACUUUGAAAUAUAUGUAUUGCAAACAGCUUUCACUGACUAAAACGCAUAAAGGUUGUUGGGUUGUUUCAAAACCAUCAGAUGUUUAAAUUAAAUAUUUGGUGAAAAAGUCAUAAGUGAAGUAACUCUUGCAUUUUGAUACAGGAGAGAACACUAAUCGUAUCCCACUUUACAUGUUGUGAAUCUACUGGAUGCAAAGUAAAGAAUUACACAAAUCAAAUAAAGUUGUGCUGUUAGAAAUCAA